GGAUGAAGCGGGAGAACCGGGAGCACUUUACAUGUGCCCCAUCUGCUUUUCUGAUUUGUGGGGACCCCAGCUGGUCGGGGUAAGUGGGGUAGUGCUGACCGUCAGUGCUGAUGCUGGCACUCACGGCAUUCUUUUGGUUGGGCAGGAUCUCCCCUGCUGUGAUCUGCGCCGGGCCCAAAGGCUCUCAGCUAGCUAUUGCAGAGCCAACUGCAGCCUAUUUCUCCACAGAGCUAACAUGCUUGGUUACACGGAUGAGUGGAACAGUCUCUUCAGACCCUCAACCUAAACUGACUAGAGGGACACACACACACAGAGUUUGGGAAGGGUCCAUACUUGUCAAGAUCUGGAUAUUGCAGGUACAGCCCAGCUUCUUUGACAGUCAGGAAAUCAGGUGUCUCUGCAGGUGCUUCCCCAGGUCCAAACUGGGGAGAAGCACAAGCUGCAGAAUUUGCUGGAAACUUCUCUUUUUCUGAGCUCUGAGGCUCAGCCUUGGCAAUGGGAUGAUUGGCAUGCCCUUGUUGCCUGGAAUGAGGAAGGAACAUUGUGUAGGCCUGAUGGUCUCACUCAAGGAGAUGCAUCCAAGGGGAAUUGCCAACCCCUGCUUCUUAUGGGAAUAGCUGUGAUGGCCGGGGGUGCUGCUGAAGGAGCUCAUCUUCAAAAGAGGCUGGGGAUGUGUUUCCUCUCGCCUUUCCCCUGUUUCCAUGGGAACAGCAGCAAGCAGGAGCAGCCUGCUUGGAAUUUCACUGCCUACCGCUCAGACACCCCCUGCCCAAUCAUCCCGGCAGACUUUGGCUCUUGAGGGUUUCAGACCCACCCUCACAUGACGGAUCCCAUGCUCCAAGGAGAGCUCACCCAUGGAUGUGUGUCAUGGCAGAGCAAGGCAAAGAGGCACAAGGCCAGAGCUGCCACAAUUCCUGUAGCAGCAUGUUGUUCCAUGCACACUAACAGACAGUUGAAAAUAAUUUGCAUUCCUAUAUGCAUUUCUGCUUUUUAUAGGAUGUGACCUCAGCUAGACCAAAAAGUGCCUGAGGGAUGAUCGCCCUUCAGGAACAUCACUGGCUUUAUCUCAAAUAUGUGAAUAUCACACAAAAAGAGCAAAGCAGAAGGGUGAAGAGGGGGGAGAGGUGGUACAAGGUUAUGCCUUUGCAUUUAAUAGUCCAUGGUGUCUUUUUCCCCAAGGAAUUUGUCCAUUUACUUUGGAAUUUGUUUUGAUUUCGGACUUGUAGAUGCUUCAUGCAUUCUGUGGCAAGGAGUUUCACAGCAUACCCACAGACUCAAGGACCUUCCUUUGAUGUGCCCAUCCUGGGCUUUUUAUCCAUUAGGACUAACCCUUGGGAAGCAGGCUGCUGCUGCCACCCUUAUGGAGCUACCCACAGUGUGAUUUAUCCUCCACUGGUGGAGUCGGUGGCUACUGGUGAGCCAGAGGUAGAGUUUUUUGUGUCAGGCAUCUUUGAUACUGGUCCUGGCAGCACAUCUUGGAGACAACACUGUCAAGCACAUCACCAGCUGUGCUAUUUUUGAGAUGAGGUGGCACAAAAGAGGUUGUGUGCCCUGCUUUGUCUGAACUGGAGUUGUGUAAGUUCUCAGCCACUUUCUGAGGAAAACAGGCAUGUGGCAGAUUUAGACACUUGGGCAGGUACCCAAAGGCAUGGCUGAAAAUGUGCAACAAAGGGCACAGAACUCCCAGGAAUGGGAGAAAUAGGACAAUAUAUGAUGCUUAGGCCUUUCAGAAACUAAAGCGGAUGGACAGCAUCCAAGAUUGUGUUCUGUGUCAUGAUCACAGGGAGGACCCAGAAGCUGUAAUUACAACACACUGCCUGAUCCAUUCAACCCUUGUGUUCUUGGGGGCAAGAGACAAAAAUGUGUGACAUUUCCCUCCAGUUAUUCCUGUAGGUUUCAGGAUGCUCUAGUGGAAAAUCAUGUUGGAGAGUGGGAUGUUUCUGGGAUGGAGGCCUUUCUGAUGUGACAAAAUGGUUGAAAGAAGCAUGGAGGCUUUUAAGAUGACACAGCAACUGAAGUAGAGGUGGUGCCCUCACCAAUAGGUUUGUUCUCCAGAAACCCUGUAUCUGCCACCCUGCAGAGACAUUCAUAUCUGUUCCAAGCAAGCAUAAAGCAUGACAUCAUAUUAGCAGGAUUCGUUCACUUUCCAUAAUGCAUCAAACCGCAAAAGGUCUCGCUCUUCUGUCUCUGGUAGUUACAGAAAAUAGCCUUUUAGCUCCUGCUUAAAUAUGUUAUUAGUUCUUACCCAUGCAGCAAAUUUGCAUUCAAUUUCUAGAAAAAAUUUUGAGGGAGGCUGCAUUUUAAAACAGAUGGUCAUAGAUAACCUAUCCUUGUGCUGGUAUUUGUAGCCUGAAUAUAAAAAUGGAUUUGUAGCCUGAAUAUAAAAAAGGAUUUCACAACAUCAUAUAGAUAUAUAUAUCACUGUGUUUAGCUUUAUUUUUUCCAAUAGACCAAGUGUGAUCAAGACUCAGUCUUUUGUUCCAAAGCAAUCAAUGUUCCUAGCAGUGUGCUGCUUUUUGUCUCUUAAGAAGAUGCGUGGUAGAGAAUCCCCUCGUGUUAGGAUGCAGGAUUUUCUAUGCUCAGAAAUUAAUGCCUAUUCAAUUUAGGAAUUUCAAGGAUACUUUGUGCUGGCUGCCUGAGCGUUCCAGAAUGUGUCACUCCAAUUAAAUUACUCCUUAUUAAUGGAACAAGGGGAGUGUGGGUAAAGGAAUGAGCCUCUUGCUCCAGUUAACAACAUCCAUUUGCCACUGCUGGUCAGUGGUGUUGACUGUCUGAGUGCCAUGUACCUCUGCAAGAUUUGGCCUUAAAGAAAAUAUGUGCCAUUAGUUGUGUUUUCAUGUGCUGCACUCAGACUUCAUGUCUGCUGGGAGGAGAUUCAGGUGUGCUUUUUUUUAUUGUGGGAAGGAAACUCCCAGCGGUCAUUAAUUGGUGACUGGGGAGCUCAUUUCUCUUUAGCAUCACUAGCAGGGGUACACAUCACAACUGCAGUCCCCAAACACUCAAAGUCUCAAACCUCACAAAAGUAGGUGGGUUUGUGGCUGAUGCUCUGGGGCACAUUUCACCGAAUAGAAUUGCUGUCAUUGAAAAGUCUUUGAUCCCCGCUCUGAUCCUUUCUUUUCCAACAGGCUGCCUGUAUCCAGUUUGUUUGUUUUCCAUCCAGCCUCAUGAGAGUCUAUUUUGUCAUCAUCACAGCUUUUGUGAGGCUCCACAGAGGUUUCUGGGUCAGGUUAAAUCACUUUCCUCUCUGCAGUAGCCCAGCAGGAUACUCAGGGCCCUCCCUCACAUCCCCCCCAGAAAUGAAAAGCGGAUUCAGCACUGCCCAGAUGCUGUUUGACAGUCCUCAGGACAUUUUGUCCGAUAUAACUCCAGAGCAGCAGCAACCGCCCCAAGUGCCUGGAAACUGAGCCAAAUCCUCCCUUGCCAAAUGCUUUGUUCUCACUUAAAUUUUUGGCCCAUCACCCCCAAGAAGGAAUAAACCAUGGAAACUAAUGGCUCAGUCUAUCUCUAGUUACGGUCCUGGGAGUCACCUCUGUUGCAGUUUGCCUUCCCCACACUGAAGGGUAGGAGUUGACAUACCCUGACCUGGAGAAGCAUCCUUGUACCACCAAAGUCUCCCCAUGGACCUGGCUGGCAGAGAGGUUGCUAUUCUAGGGAAAGGUCUAAAACCCACUGCAUGCUUAGGGGUCAUUGUACAGGCCAGGUCUGUCAGUCUGGCCAAGGUCCUGGGGAAUGGCUGCAAUCCUGCUUUCUGUGUGCCCCAUCACUUUUUCAUGGUGUCAGAACUGCUCUGUCCAAUGGGAUGGCCACCUGCUCCUGCUCAGCACCUAAAUAUUUCCAACAGCUCACUCACCCUCACCUCCCCUCCUUGUCACCUUGCUCACCCCUCUCUCCCUGCCCCUGCUUGGACUCCUCACUUAUUUUCAGUAGUGUGGCUCCACCAGGCCUGUUCCCAACUCACUCUGAUGCAAGUGUGGAGAGACACAAGCCCUAAUUGAGUCUGGCAGCUGGGAGGUUUAACUCUCCUGAGAGCAGAGCCGAGCUUGCCUGAGUAAUACCUAGCCACUUGGAGCACUGCUAGGAUACAAGGACUGGGCUAGUGGGGGUGCAAGGCUGCAGUGAGGGGCUGAGGUGAUGCAGAAAGCAGCUCAAACAGAAUCAACUCAAAAAUGAAAGUUAACCCAUGCUCCCUUCUACCAGCCAUCAGGUCCAGUGCAGCAGUGCUGAAGCUCAGGAGCAGCACUGGCAGCAUCUGUCCUGUGCUCUCUGGCAAGAGCGGUGAUGAGAAGCGGCGGGACCCAGAGGCUUGUGCAGCCAGCUACAGUGACGUCCUGGCUUUCCCUGUGAAGGCAGGGAGAAGGUGUCUCGAUGCCCUUGCUGGUACUGAGCUGAGAGGAGCACUGCGCUUGCACAAAGGGAGCUGGCAAAAGUCUUGCCUCUGCAUCCAACGAAAAUCUUCACUGUCCAUGGCUCCCUCAGACUUACCCACCUGUGCCAUCUCAAGGUUGGUUCAUCUGGCCAUUAUCCACUGUGUCCCAGCUGUAGCACUCUGCUGCAUCGCUCAACUACCCAGGGAGGUGCUGGAGAUCCAAAAUGAUCUUUUCCAGACCCCGCUCCACCUGGCUGUGUACCUGGAGCAGCCCAGCGUGAUCCAGGCACUGAUCCACAAGGGAGUGAACCCCGGGCUGCAGGACCGCAAUGGCAACACCCCGCUGCACUUGGCCUGCGAGCAGCAGCACCUGCAGUGUGCCCAGCAGCUGCUGGAGGGCACAGCCACACCGGACGGCACUGCUCAGCCCCGUGGGCACCACCAGGACCUGCAGCUCCAGAACUGGCAAGGCUUGGCCUGUCUGCACAUCAGUACCUUGAAAGGGAACAUCCCUAUGAUGUCUCUGCUGCUGGAGAGUGGUGCCAACAUUGAUGUUCGGGAGGGCACGAGUGGGAAGACCCCGUUGCACCUGGCUGUGGAGUGCCACAACCGUAGGGCUGUGCAGUUCCUGCUGCGCCACGGGGCCUUCGUGGAUGCGCAGAUGUACAACGGGUGCACUCCGCUGCACCUGGCCGUGGGCCGCAGGGACGCUGCCAUCGCCGCCAUCCUCUCGCACUCCGGGGCCGACACCCUGCUGAGGAACAUGGAGAACGAGACAGCUCAGGACCUGGCUGAUGGCAACGAUGAUCUCCUUGCCUUGCUGCCCUUCGAUGACCUGAAGAUCUCAGGGAAGCCUGUUGUGUGCUCUGAAUGAGCAGAUGGACUCCUUUGGCCCGUUGGGCUGCCUCCUUCCUCUGUGCUGCUGCCCUGCUGCCCACUAGGAUCUUGCCUGCCUGCAUUUCAGUGGGAGCAGAGACACUUUGGGAGACUUAUCCCACUGCCCCUCCCCUCUUUGGAAAAGUUUCGUUUGCCUCAGGCUGCCGUCCCAGAUGGAAGAAGGCGGCAUUAUGAGCACUACACAGGGGAGGCUUUUCUUUUAGAAUUUGUGCACUGCAGCAGGACUGAAUUUCUCCUCCCUGCCAUGGGGCUGACUUGUGGGGAUCUCCAGCAUACACAGGGAAGGAGCAGGAGAGGACUCAUUCUCACACUGUGGGCCGGACAGAGCAUUGUCUGGCACCCCAUCAGAGUGCAGUGUGAGGUGAGGAGAGUCAACACUCACUCUAAUAAACGUUUGCUGUUGUUGUGG